AUGGGGGAGGAUGACUCUUCUAACCCUCAUGGCGGUAGCACCACUGCUUCCUCCUUUCCUUCUCAACCAACCAUAGCCGAGUUGAGUGCCCAGGUGGCUCAACUAAUGCAGAUGCAAACUCAGACCUCGAACUUGAUCCUAACCCAGGAUCCUACCAAGACGACCCCGACCUCGACUCAGACGACGACCCCGACCUCGAAUCAGACGACGACCUUGAACCCGAAUCAGACAACGAUUCCGACGACGAUUACCUAUGAAGCUUCCGCUGCACAGAUUGGCAUAAAGUUGGAUGGCACCAACUAUGCCCUAUGGUCCCAAGUUGUAGAGUUGUAUAUCUCCGGCAAAGACAAAUUGGGAUAUAUUAAUGGUGAUCUUCCACAACCUCCUUUGACCGCUCCAACGUUUCCUCGCUGGCGCACCGAGAACUCUAUUGUAAAGGGAUGGCUCAUCAAUUCUCUAGAGCAGAGCUUGAUUGGCAAUUUCAUUCGUUUUCCGACGGCAAAAUCGUUGGGACGUGACGCGAACCAUCUUGAACUUUUGAAUGGACGGGUUCCACAAAGCAAUAUCGUCUACGCGGCAAAUGCAAGCCAAACCAUGAACAGAGUAGCCCAACAUGUCGACGAGGUGAGGGUGUUGAAACGGCAACUUAAUUUUGACGGUUGCCCUGAACGUCUCGUCAUUGUUAAACGGCACUAA